CAUAUAAAACGCUUUGGCAACUUGUAUUAAGUUUUCCCUGUCAGUUUUCAUUUUAGCUGCUUUCAUUAACUUAGUCUCAGCUAAUAGUUGAUGAUUCCAACUCCUCGAUUAUCGGUCCUAAUUUCAGGAAAGCUUUCUUUCUUUUUUUUUUUUUCUUUUGGCGCGUGACUUUUUUCUCUACGUUUUUGGUGAUGUUGAAUGCAGGUUAUACUAGUUUGUAUCAUUUUUUUUUUUUGGAAUUGUGAUUAAAGGGUAGAAAUAUGUUAAUGUAUGCUUGUUUAGCUUGGUGAGCUUGGUUAAUUUGGGAUUUUUUUUUCUAAUUGGCUUUGUUUGGUAGAUUGAAAUGUAUUGAAAGGGAAGAUUAGAACAUGUUGUGCUUGAUUGUUUUUGGUUAAUUGAGUGCUUGAAUGAUAUUUAUAGAUUAGGCUGAAUAGCUUCAAAGGGGAAAUGACAUGAAAUCUUGAAAUAAGCAAUGGAAGGCAAUUUAUCGAGAGGAAUAAUUCCUGGUGGGAGUUCUUUUGGAGGUCUUGAUUUACAAGGAUCAAUGAUGGUUCAUCAUCGUGCACAAAACCCACAUAAUAUGCAUCAUCAUCAUCACCACCCUAACCCUCGCCGUGGCACUUCUGCUCAUCCUCGUUUUCCGCUCACGGUGGGGACCAUGCAGAACUCUGAUCAACCUGUUACAGUGAUAGAUUACAACAAGAUGGAAAUAGGGAAAUGUUCAGUUAGUGAUGAGGAUGAACCUAGUUUUGCAGAAGAAGGUGUUGAUGGUCAUAACGACGGGAAUAAAGGCAAGAAAGGAUCCCCAUGGCAGCGUGUGAAGUGGACUGAUAAAAUGGUGAGGCUUCUAAUUACGGCGGUGUCUUAUAUAGGGGAGGAUAUGGCGGGGGAUUGUGGUGGUGGGAUAAGGAGGAAAUUUGCAGUUCUACAGAAGAAGGGUAAAUGGAAAUCGGUUUCGAAAGUCAUUGCUGAGAGGGGCUAUCAUGUUUCUCCUCAACAGUGUGAAGAUAAGUUCAAUGACCUGAAUAAAAGGUAUAAAAAACUAUAUGAUAUGCUUGGUAGGGGCAUUUCUUGUCAAGUUGUUGAGAAUCCGGCACUUUUGGAUGUUAUAGAUUACUUAACGGAGAAAGAAAAGGAUGAUGUUAGGAAAAUUUUAAGCUCAAAGCAUCUUUUCUACGAGGAGAUGUGUUCUUAUCAUAAUGGGAACAGAUUGCAUCUGCCUCAUGAUCUAAAAUUGCAGCGAUCCUUGCAAUUGGCUCUUAGAAGAAGAGAUGAGGAUGAAAACGACGAUGUAAGGAGGCACCAACAUGAUGAUCUUGAUGAUGAUGACCAUGACAUGGAAACUGAUGAUCAUGAUGAACUUGAGGAGAAUCAUGCUUCACAUGGGGAUAACAGAGCGAUAUUUGGUGCACCAGGCGGCUCUACAAAGAGAUCUAGACAAAGCCAAGUCCAUGAAGAUGCUUGUUUCCAGAAAUUUUUGAACUCUCAGGACUGCAACAAAAGUUCAUUUUCCUGUCCACCAGUCGCCCAAGCUGAUACGAACCAAGUCCUACCUGACUACUCAAGAGCUGCAUGGUUACAGAAGCAGUGGACUGAAUCCCGCUCACUUCAGCUAGAAGAACAGAAACUGCAAAUUCAAGUGGAGAUGCUAGAACUGGAGAAACAACGUUUCAAGUGGCAGAGAUUCAGUAAGAAAAGUGAUUGCGAACUAGAAAAGAUAAGAAUGGAAAAUGAGAGGAUGAAGCUCGAGAAUGAACGAAUGGCAUUAGAGUUGAAGCGAAAAGAGUUAGCUGCCGAUUAAAACCAUGUAUUUUGUUUUCUGCAGUGCCAAGGCCUUGAUGCAAAAUUAUUUUGUUGUUGGUAAGCUGCUAUUGAUUUUUCCUUGGAGUAUCACAUUUAGUUUGUUGAUAUUGAUUAAUAUUAUUAUGAUUACUGUAUUGGAUAUGGCCUUUUCCUACUUGUCUUAGGUUGCUAGUGUGUUUAGACUUUGGUUCUCUUAGAUGUUCCACUAUUCUAUAAGAUGGAUGUGCUGUUUAUUA